UAUUUCUCUUGCGCUAUCUCUCAUCAGCAGAAGUGAUCGAAGUGUGAAGCAAGUUGGACCUUUGUUCGUGGGGAGACGGUCUCUUUUGAAGGGGGUCAAAAGUGCUAUCACUAAACCUGUGAAGCGGCGCCAAUCGACUGAAAUCGGUUUUAAUCUGCACAAAAAGUGAUUUCUCGAUAAGGAGAAUGUUUCGUCGAACGUUAUCCGUAUCCUAUUCGCCGUUCCGGAACAAUUUCGUCGUACUACCGGAUAGUUACGUCCGGAUGCUGUCCAGCUAUAAAAACGGCUGUUUGAGCAUAUCGCACGGAAUCGAUAUUUUCUACAUGUCAUGGUCCCCGUUUGGGACUGCAGCGGCGGCCGGGUACCAGGACAAUCGGAUUGGCAUGAAUGCACAAGUGGCCGCAUCGAUGGGACUCAAAGAGGGGGAUAUGGUUCUGGUGGCGUUGAUCAUGGAGGUGCGAUCGUUGAAGACGGUCGAGGUGACGGCAACAACGGAGAAGGAAUGGAAUAUACUGCAAGCCAGCAGUACCCGCAUCCAAUCUAUCCUGCUUGAUCAAACUAGAGUGGUUACGAAGGGUCAACAUUUGGUUGUAUGGGUAAACGAUUCUAUUUGCAUCAAGAUCAAAAUCAAAUUUACUAUCCCGCCACUUCCGUUCGGACGAUUGGAAAAUGACACCGAACUGGUGGUAGAACCGUACAAAAAACCUGCCUCAAAACUAGCUAAGAAAGAUCCUGAUCCGGUACCAGGUUCGUUGAUUCGCAGCAACACCAACCUAAACAUAGCUGAACUAGUAAGACAGCGAAACUUACAGCGCAAAGCUUCGGGAGACUUUGACAAUGGAGAGUACCAUGGUGGUUCAGAAGCUUCGAUAAGCACCCCUUCGUUCCUAACUAAUUCGGGGCUACCCGAUAAGGAUAAAAAGCGUCCACUGACCUGGCAUAGGAAUAAUGGAAUAGAAAACGGAAAAGACGCUGAGCCUAACAAACCAAAAGAGUCGGUCGUUAAACGGAACUCAACCCUUACAUCGAAUGGUGCUGUUGCUGGAAAUGCUAAAACUGCUUUGCGUAAUUCCCUAUUCGAAAACGAUCUGGAGAAACAUUUAAACAAACUUCAGACCAGCAAAUCGAUGGCCAACUUCAUGAACGAUUACGCAACUCAAGAAACACCUCCAGUUGUAGAAGAUCGGAAUCCCAGAAAUUUCAAGAACAAAAGUCAACAUUUGGACGAUCUUGUGGCUACGCUAACACGGGAGGUUCCUAAGAUUCAUGAGUUUCGAGUGAUUCGAGGUACUUGGAACUGUCGACGAAGUAAUUCGCAGAUCUGCGAUAUCUACAUCACCAAGGAGAACAUUCCAGCCGGUGUCGAUAUAAACCAUCCAUUCUUGCUGACGACAAAUGACGAUCGGGAGUAUUAUGUGAAUGUUCGUCUUGCCACAAAUGGGGAAAAAUUCCCGAAAAACGUCUACCCUACGGUGGAAAUCAACGAUCGCCUUAUGGAACUGCUGGAAGUGAAUCAAGGAGAAAAAGUAACUCUCCGAAGCAAACAUAAUGCCCUGAAUAUAGUUGACUUAAUUGAGCUUAUUCCGACGACUAAAGUAAGUGUCAAAGUCGAAACUGAUAUGGUGGAAAAGUUCAAGGAAUUUAUUCUGUUCAACUCCAAAGUCCACCCUGUGCUACUUAACCAAGGGCAGGUGUUCAAGCUGCCCGAAUACUAUCUUACCGUUAGAUUGCAGCCGUCGAAUUUGAAAUAUUGCAUGGUGAACGGUGUUAUUCUGAGGCAGAGUAAGAUAACUUGUGCCGAAGAGGUUAAAAGUGUUGGGGACAUGGUUGCUGUUGAUGGUGAAAAUGAGCAACCGAGCAGCAAGAAGAAGCCAGCUGAUGUGAGUGCUGCUCCAAAGCUUGUUAAGAUAGAUAAAUACGAUAGUAUCAUUGAUGAAUGCGUAGAUCAGUUGAAGCUGAAACUGUGCCUUGAUGAACGAAACAGUGAUCGCAAGGCUCACAACAUAAUUAUUUCAGGUUCCAACCAAUGCGGCAAACGUACCAUUUGCCAGACGAUCCUCAAGCGCCUGGGCGAAGCUCCCUUCCACUGCUACUCAACCACUUUUCACUGCUCCAAGCACAAAGGUCGCAAACCGGACUCGAUCCAGAAGGAACUUCGUCACUCGUUCUAUUUGUGCAUGUUCCACAGCCCCGCGGUACUGUUCAUCGAUGGUCUCGAUGUGCUAGCCCAUCACACCGGCGAUCAGAACACCCAGGACUCCGAAUAUCACAACAAGGUAUCGGACUCAAUUCGGAAGCAAAUCGAGGAGUUUACGGCUUCCAAUCCGAUUUCGGUGAUUGCUACCGUGGGAAACGUGAGCAAUCUCAAUCGGCGGUUGUACGCUUCGCGAGGUUUCCACUUAUUUCACCAGAUUCGGCGGGUUCCGAAUCUGGACAAGACUGAUCGUGAAGAUGUGCUCAAAAAGCUGUUCGUAGCAAAGCAGUGUAAGCUGGAUCGGCGUAUCAACUGGAAGUGGUUAGGUGCGGCUACAGAGGGUUAUAGCAUCGGUAGCUUAGUUCAGAUGGUUGAUCGGGCAGUGUUUUAUGCAUUUAAGCGAGACCUGAAGUGUCCGCUCGUUACGGAAGAUAUGGUCGCGAGUGCCUUAGAUGUUACCAAUGAGUACUGUUUGCAAGGGAUUGAAAAUCACAAGCAUUCAGAAGAUGUAGAUGACGAUUCGGAUGUUCCGGGUGAUAAAAUACCGGGUCUGGAGGGAGCCAUCGAAGUGUUCCAGGAAGUGCUUAUGUGGCCUAGUAAAUUCCCAAAAAUAUUCGAGAAGUCACCGCUACGAAAUCAAGCAGGAAUUCUACUGUUUGGACCACCGGGAACUGGAAAAACUUAUCUAGUUUCCAAGCUGGCGAAAACGUGGAACCUGCGAAUGAUCUCGGUCAAGGGGCCGGAACUGCUGGCCAAAUACAUCGGCCAAAGUGAGGAAAACGUUCGUAAUUUGUUCGAUCGGGCGCGAUCAGCCAAACCGUGUGUUCUGUUCUUCGACGAAUUCGACAGUUUAGCUCCGCGGCGGGGACACGAUUCCACCGGUGUCACCGAUCGUGUAGUCAAUCAACUGCUCACCGAGCUAGACGGUGUUGAAGGUUUGCAGGGGGUAACUGUGAUUGGGGCAACCUCCAGGCCAGAACUUCUGGAUCCGGCACUGCUGCGCUCCGGAAGAAUUGAUCGGCUCGUUGAGUGUAGUCUUCCAGAUGAGAAAUCUCGUCUGGCUAUCUUCACCAACCACUGCCGAAGUUUGGAGCUGGCUCAGGACGUGCAGCUAGAGUUCUUUGCCAAGAAAACGAGCUGUCAUACGGGUGCCGAUAUUCGUAGCUUGCUAACGACGGCCAACAUGAUGGCGGUGCAGGAAUGCCUUGCGGAAGCGGUGGAUGAUAAGCAUGUUCCGGACAAGAUAACGAUAAACCAAAGGCACCUUUUGGAAGCUUUAGCCAGUACGAGGUCUUCGUUGAGCCCCCAAGAUAUUCAAAAAUAUAAGGAAACAUAUGCCCGAUUCACCAACAAAGAGCCACCAUCAAGGGAUUUUGUUGCCAAAAGAGCCACCUUGGCAUAAUUUCUUAUAGCUUAAGUAAGGUAAACAUUUCGGUUUUCUGUUAUUUUUGUUUCAAAUUGGUUACUGGAUCGAAGAAUUAAUGGUGUUGAGGAUUAUUGUGCAAGAACUUUACAGGUAAAGCAUAGGGCAAAGCCAAAAGAUUUUUGUUUUAUAAAAGACAUCUACUA